GAACCUACUCCAAGUCUUCAACAAGCCAGUUGCCACAGUCGCCCUCUUUGAAAAAUUGGUCAUAACUAUCGCAGCCGCCCUCAUCGGAAGGAACACCCUUACCCACCUCCCAAUAGCCUGACCCAGCGCCUAUCGACUCGGCCUCAAGUGGGCUGACAGCGAACCUUCGGGUGUUCCUAACCGAAAUCUGGAGGGUUCGCUGCUGAUCAAGCUGCGCGGACUCUGAUUGCUCAUAUUUGGUGAUCUGAGUAAGAGCAGGUGGGUCUCGGUGGUAAUGCGAAGGCGGAGGAAGGUAUAAAGGGUGGGGCGACCAGACGCAGUACCGGUAGAACAGCAUUCAGACUGUAACAGCAGCAGACCAGCACACACAAUGUCCACCACCGAUAAGCUGAUCGUCGUACUAGGCGCGACCGGGUUGCAGGGAGCAUCCGUCGUCGACACCUUCCUCGAGAUCCCGGGCUGGAAGGUCCGCGGCGUCACCCGCAACCCGGACGGGGCGAAGGGACGCGCCCUCGCCGAGCGCGGCGUCGAGGUCGUCAAGGCGGACAUCAACGACGUCGCCUCGCUGACCGCCGCCUUCACCGGCGCGCACGCCAUUUUCGCCGUCACGGACUUCUGGGCGCCCUUCUUCGACCCCGCGACGGAGGCGAAGCUCGCGCCGGGGCAGCUCAUGAACGAGUACUGCUUCGACGAGGAGGUGCGGCAGGCGAAGAAUAUCUUUCAUGCGAUCAUCCCGGUGCUGGGUGGGCUGGAGAGGUUCGUCUACUCGACGCUGCCGGGGAUUAGGAAGUGGAGCAAGGGGAAGUAUACGUGGGCGUACCACUUUGAUUCGAAGCAGGCGGCAGUGGAUUACUUGGAGGAGAGCUUGCCGCAGCUGGCGGCGAAGACGUCGUAUGUGAACUUGGGGCUGUAUGUGACGAACGAGAGGUUGGUGGAACCGCUGAAGCCCACUAAGAUCGGCGACGGAGUGUACCAGCUGGCGUGGGCGGCAAGUCCGGAUACGAAGUUCCCCUUCGUCGUGACGCGCAAGGAUACCAGACCGCAUGUGAAGGUUGCCAUACUGGAUCUACCACCGCGGUCGAACUUGCUGGUGUAUAGCGAGAUGGCGUCGUGGAACGAGUACAUCAAGAUCUUCGAGGAGGUCACCGGGCUCAAGCUCAUCUACAAGGAGGUCUCGAUUGAUGAGGCGGACAAGGCGGCGCCCAAGCACCAUGUUGGACGGGAGGCUGGCGAGGUGAAGCAGUUCACGCAAGAGCUGGGCUGGCAUGGAGGCGAUCCGAGCAUGCUCUUCCACGAGGAUUUGGCGAAGAGAGGAAUCUCGCUGAAGACGACGAGACUGAGGGAAUGGAUAGAAAGCGAGGACUGGUCGGAUCUGAAGAACUAGAGGAGCUGCUGAAGUCAAACCUAUUUUGUAGAUCUUGUGAAGUAGUGCCUCUUCCGUGUAGAUGUCGCGCACAAGGGUGCAGAGGAUGAUGGAAAGACGCAAGCAAUAUUGUUUGUCA